ACAGUCGUCAGACCACACCCAGCAGUUCGCCGACAUGCGUCCCUCUCAGCAACUGGUCUGCCUUCUGGCAGUCGCACUGACUGCCGUAGCGGCGGCAACGAUUACUUCAAAAGAUGCCAGCAUGCAGCGUGUAGACAAUAGCGCUGAGGCCAUGACACCUGAUAGACAACACUCAGCAAUUGCAGCCCAACAAGUGAUCGAACAACGGUCUCUGGACGACGCUACCCUUCUCGCAUGUUACGACGGUCAAGGAUAUAAGCCACUACCUGCGGGGGUGUACUACAUACAGUCACCCAACUACAGACCAGGCAAUCCCGGCAAUUAUACCAAUAAUUACGAAUGCAUGUACAAAUUCAAGGCGGCUGACAACAAAAGCAAACUACGGAUUGACUGCUUCUUUUUUCAACUAGAAGGCGAUAUGCCAGAUUGUGUUACAAAAGACUACCUAUACUUUCAGACCGAAGACCUAUUUGCGGCCUAUUGUGGAAAAAACAUACCGAAAACGAUGCUCUCGAGGUACGUGUAUGCUUUUUUCCACACCAAUUCGGAAAUCACCGACAAGGGCUUCUUCUGCACGAUUAUGUCCAAAGAGGCGUUGGCCGGCUCCGGCGGCCUACAGUGCGGCAAACAUAACCUUGCACCGGGAACGUACAGCCUCCUCAGUCAGAACUACCCCGACAACUACGGAACCAAUAUCUACUGCAAGUGGGAGCUGGUAGCCAGCGAUCCGUCAAACACAGUGGACUUCAGCUGCAGCAGCUUUGACAUGAUCUCCUGGGACAACUCCUGCGAGUGGGACUGGAUGAAGGUUGACGGCGUCCGCCACUGCAACAACAACAAGCCUGCUCCGCAGCAGUUCACGGGCGGCGUCACCGUGGAGUACUCCACACCAGACCUGCCUCACAAAACAAGAAAGGGAUUCAAAUGCACUGUUACUGUUAAAUAAAAAGGAAACAGCAUAUAACUACGAACCCAACAGAGUGAAUGUGCGCAUUCAUGCGGUUUUACUAGAAAUGACGCCCGUCGCAAAGUCUCAAGCCUCUUAGAAAUGUCCGGUUUUGUUACGUUGAGUUUCAGAUAAAUUUUGCUUCCGUAUAAGUUAUUCCUUUCAUAGACUUUACGGAGUGCUUAACUAAGAAACACCAGGCUCCUCACUUUUUCAUCACCUUUUUACGAUAUUGGCUAUGGGGCACAAAUAAAUGCAAUGGCAUGCAAGCCCUUAUCUUUUUGGACGACCAAACAAAUUAAUUGCAUGCUACACAAAAUGAUAAUAUGCGUGUUGCAGAAUGCGGCGAUGAGUGCGUAUGCUAAAUGCAACAGCGGAUUGCUGGCAUAGGCUUGCAUCGAUAAUUAUCGCUGAAUUAUCGUCAUAAUUUAGUAUCAGUAUGCAUACCUUAUGUAUUCUCAUGGAACGGUCUUUAAUCUAGAUAGUUUUGUUUAUUGAUGUCUCAUCUUUGUUGGUGGUGGACUUUCCGCGUUGUGAAUUAAAGGGUGCUGAGAGU